UUUUGAAAGAUAUUUUAUAGUUACUCUAAUGAACCGAAAAACCUUAUCAAGGUGAUAAGCGAGGUAAACAGAUCAGGGACAGUAAACAAUACAAUUGGUCUUAUCACUUUCGCCACUAAUUGCGAUGAGGUUGCCCCUAUAAAAGUCCGGGAUGCCACGAUCGAUCCAUCAGUGUUAUUUGUUUUGCCAAAACAGAAGCCACAGCCAACUUAUUCGGAAUGUUUUUCGCCAAGAUCCUGCUCCUUUGCACCGUCUGUGCCCUGGCCAGUGCUACGCCCCAAGGAUUCGGUGUACUUGGUGGCCCAAAACAACUCGAGGGUCAGGAAUUGGUCGAGUCCCAAAAGACUUUGCAGGCUUCCCUGGACAAAUUGGCUGCUGGCGAAGGACCCUACUAUCGUAUUUCAAGGAUUCUUUCUGCCUCAACGCAAGUGGUAGCCGGCACAAAUGACUCCUACUCCGUGGAACUGAUCGAUAGGACUGGCGCUACCAAGGUGUGCGAUGUGGAUAUCUGGAGCCGAGGCUGGCUGCCCAAUGGCAUUCGAGUGACUUUUAGGUGUCCCAACGAACCCGAACUUAUCAAGAAACACAAUGCCUAAAUAUAAAAGACAUUUUGUGGAACAUAAUUGGUGAUUUUCAUAAAGGAUUGAUGAACUUUAGGAUUCAAUUUGCAGUUUGUUUGCUUAUUAAAAUAGGGUUUUUUAAACUUUUGAUUAUGAAGCUAGAUUUUGAAAAUAUUUCUGGUAAUUUUGGCCUAUCCUAGUUACCCCUUAGAUUGGUUAGUUAAUUGAUUAAAGGAUUUAAGGGCUAAGAACGUCCUUUGUCCUUUCUUAUUCAUACAUGGCGAUCGUGAAGCGGGGAAAUGGCGCAGCCCAGGAAAAAAGGUGUGAAAAACAAAAUAUGAAACAAAAACAACAAAAAACCAGAAAAGCGACCUAAUGAAUUCGAGAAAUUGCAAAUUGGCCACUGCCGCCACCACCACCCUCUUUGUCACCCAGCGAUGACGAAGAGGCCCUCACGUGCACCACUUUUUCAACAUAUGUACAUAUUUUCUACGCCUUCCGACAGCAGCAGCAAAAACUUUAAUUUAAUGAAAUGAAAAAUAAUGCCAAGCAAAUCAAGCAGCGCAAGAAAAAACCAACUAAAAUAUUUGUCAAAUAAUAGAAUUCGAUGUAUGCAAAUGGCUUGCAAAAUAUGCAUUUGCCAAAAGCCAAAUCCGCGAAAAAACAGCAACAACAUUCAGCACAAUUUGUAGUUUUUUUUUUUUUUUUGGCGCUUUGACGCGUUUUUGCCAUGCUCCGCUGGCAAUAAAGAAUUUGGCGCCACCACUGGCCAAAUCGACGUCACAAAUUUGCCACCACCAGAUCCAUCCCAGUCGCUCUGAUCCCAUCCGAUUUGAUUCGAAAAAAAAAAACCAGCAAAAAAAUAAAAAAUUAAAAACAC